GAUCGGUGAUUCUUACGGAGGAAAGGACACACCAGAAUGAUGCAGUUGAUCAAGCAGAAGAAAGAGCUGAAAAGGAAGGGUUGUGUAUAUGAGAGAAAGGCAUUAUGGUUUUUAGAGAAAAAAACCUGAAUGAUCAGCAACAGAAAGAAAAUUGAAGGAAGCCAAAAACAAGAUUGAACUAAUGAUGCUUUAGGAAAAUAAGAAUACAGAAUUUAAGGGAAAGGUUAUCUGUGAUUCCCCAGACUUAACCUGCACAAGAAAGAAGAGGAAGAAGAAGAGGGGUGCUGAAAUGGAUUGUCCAUGUUAUAUUGUCACGAUCCCAACUUAUAUUACUGUGGCCUGUUCCCAUUGUCUAUAUACAAGGUUUACUCCCUGAAUUUUGUCUGGAACCAAGAAAGGGGCAGCUGGACAAUAGCAAUAGCAUAUUUUAUGUUAGGCUACUUUGAUUCUAGCGAUAGCAAAAAAUGUUUGAUUGUGGUUAUAAGUCGCAGCUUAUGGGAGGUCAAAGAGAAAAGUUUGUAAGACUUGAUGAUUUGGACUCUCGGUCUUCCAUAAGUUCACAAAGUGGGAUUAAGAGGUGCGGAUUUAACUUGGAGGGAUGGAAUUCAUCAAAUCGGGGUAAAUCAAACUCCUUUAGGAAGGGAAUGCAGAAAGGGUCUGAAGGACUUAGAUCGCUUGGUCGAUCACUUCGGUUUGGUGUUUCUCGAGCUGUAUUUCCUGAGGAUCUCAAGGUGGCAAAUAAGACAAUAUAUGACCCCCAAAAUAAGUCCCUCCAAAAAUGGAACAGGCUUUUUGUUGUGUGUUGUAUUCUGGCGAUAUCAGUGGAUCCCUUGUUUUUUUACCUUCCGGUGGUUGAUGAUAAGUCAAAUUGCCUUGCGGUUGAUAGAAAAUUGGCCAGCACCGUUAUUUCGUUGCGCACUGUGCUUGACCUCUUCUAUGGAAUUCGCAUGUAUCUGCAAUUUCGUACUGCUUUUAUUGCUCCUUCAUCAAGAGUUUUUGGUAGAGGUGAACUAGUUAUAGACCCUGCGCAGAUAGCUAAAAGAUACCUGAAAAAGCAAUUUAUCAUAGAUUUUUGCUCCAUACUUCCUAUUCCACAGAUUAUACUAGCUAGAUUUCUCCAUACUUCAGAAGGUUCAGUUGUAUUGGCUACAAAAACUUCGUUGCAUUAUACCAUAUUGCUUCAAUAUCUUCCAAGGUUUGUCCGAAUACUUCCAUUAACCUCAGAGCUGAAAAGGACAGCUGGUGUCUUUGCUGAAACUGCCUGGGCUGGUGCUGCCUACUACCUACUCUGGUUCAUGCUGGCGAGUCAUACGAUUGGUGCUUAUUGGUAUCUUCUAGCUAUUGAACGUGAAGAUGCAUGUUGGCGUUUAGCUUGUAGUCCACAAAAUUGCAAAAUAGAUUACUUGUACUGUGGCAAUCAGAAUUUGGACGGUUUUGCUGCCUGGAAUAAAAUAAGUCAGGGUAUCUUCAACCAAAAGUGCUCUGGAGGGGAUGGUAAUGAUGACUUCAACUUUGGAAUUUAUAGUCAAGCACUGACCUCAGGCAUUGUCUCAUCAAGGAAGUUCCUGUCAAAGUAUUGUUAUUGCUUGUGGUGGGGUCUGCAGAACUUAAGUACUCUAGGGCAGGGUCUCCAAACGAGCACCUAUAUUUGGGAGGUGAUAUUUUCUAUUGCACUUGCCAUACUAGGGCUCAUCUUAUUUGCUCUUCUCAUUGGAAACAUGCAGACAUAUCUGCAAUCUCUAACAAUUCGUCUAGAAGAAAUGAGAGUGAAAAGACGUGACUCAGAGCAAUGGAUGCAUCACCGCUUGCUGCCCAAGGAUCUGAGGGAGCGUGUGAGGCGGUAUGAUCAAUACAAGUGGCUAGAGACACGAGGAGUAGAUGAGGAGAACUUGGUUCAAAGUCUUCCCAAAGACCUAAGAAGGGAUAUCAAGCGCCAUCUUUGCCUUGCUUUAGUGAGAAGGGUUCCAUUGUUUGAGAGCAUGGAUGAACGCCUGCUUGAUGCUAUAUGUGAACGACUCAAACCAGCCCUAUACACAGAAGAUACUUAUAUUGUGAGGGAAGGAGACCCUGUGGAUGAAAUGCUCUUCAUUAUACGUGGUCGCCUGGAGAGUGUGACAACAGAUGGAGGGCGUAGUGGCUUCUUCAAUCGGGGUCUGCUAAAAGAGGGAGAUUUUUGCGGUGAGGAGCUUCUGACGUGGGCUCUAGAUCCCAAGUCAGGCGGCAAUCUUCCAUCUUCUACUAGGACUGUGAAGGCACUAACAGAAGUCGAAGCCUUCGCUUUGAUAGCCGACGAGUUAAAGUUUGUUGCAAGCCAAUUCAGGCGCCUGCACAGUAGACAAGUCCAGCACACUUUCCGCUUCUACUCGCAGCAGUGGCGGACCUGGGCUGCCUGCUUCAUCCAAGCAGCAUGGCGACGCUAUUCAAAGAGGAAGAAUGCCGAAUUCCGCCGCUUGGAAGAGGAAGAAGAAAGUACUGCGUUUGGUGAGCUGCACAAUGCUUCCGUUACAGCUGGGUCGUCGAGCCUUGGAGCAACAAUCUAUGCUUCCCGUUUUGCAGCAAAUGCACUUCGAGGCGUUCACAGGCUAAGGAACAUGAAGAGUAAUGCUGGUGCCAGUGCAAGGGAGCUGGUGAAGCUACAGAAGCCACCGGAACCUGACUUUGCUCUAGAAGACACGGAUUGAAGCAGGCAGCAUCAUGCUCAGGGAUGCAAGGACUGGUCUACUGGAAAAGGGUUUCUCAUAACAGUAGCUGGAAAAGACAUUCAGCGGAAGCGAAACUGACUGACUUGAGCUGUAUAGAUGUUCUAUGUUUUGUAUAAAAUUUAUGCCCACUUUGCGGACGUUGCAGCCUAUCUAUAUCAUACACUGCCCAAUUAUGUAUAAUGAUGCUUUUUUCUUCCAAAGUUGCUAUAUUAAUAAAUCUAAUUUGUCGGUAUCA